UAGAGAGAGAGAGAGAUCUAGAGAGAGAGAGAGAUGGAAGGAGGAGGAAUGGUACCAGGGUUUAGGUUCUACCCAACAGAAGAAGAGUUGAUAACAUAUUAUUUGAAGCAUAAGAUUGAAGGGACUCCAAGUUUGCAACAAGAUAUCGAUCGAGUCAUACCCCAGCUUCAUGUUUAUGAUUUUUAUCCAUGGGAUCUCCCUCAAUAUGCAGGAGAGCGUUGUCAAGGAGACCCUGAACAAUGGUUCUUUUUCAUUCCAAGACAGGAGAAAGAAGCAAGAGGAGGACGACCGUCCCGCCUCACGAGUUCCGGCUACUGGAAGGCCACUGGCUCUCCAAGAAUCGUGUACUUUUCGAGUAAUCGAGCCAUUGGGAUCAAGAGAACCCUAGUUUUCUACAACGGUAGAGCUCCCAACGGUACGAAAACCAAAUGGAAAAUGAAUGAAUACAAGGCUUUCCAACAAGAGCCCUCAAACACUAACCCUAAACCCAAGUUGAUUGAAGAAUUUAGUUUGUGUCGAGUGUAUGUAAAAUCGAAUUGUUUGAGGUCAUUCGACAGACGACCACCAGGAGUUACGAUAAACGAGCAAGUACCAAUUCCGCAACCUUUUCACAACAACGAACAUCACGCAACCACAUCAACUCAUCUUAAUAACCGUUCAUCGAGACCAGAGAGAACAAGCUCAUCUGAUCAUAGCUAUAACUCAUCAGAUGACCAGACCGGUAACGAUUCUCACUCUACGAUGAAGACCGAUGAUCAAUUACCUUUGUGGGAAUGGGAAGAACAUCAAACCUGGUUCUAAGUUUUCACCUUUUGGAUUAAUUGUUGUAUGCUUUAUAUAACCAAUUAAGUUGAAGUUCAUAGAGAACUUUGAGCUAAUUAAAUGGUUUAGUUUCAAUUUUUGUACUAAUUAAUUUCACUACUAAAAAAUUGGGUAUUACCGACCGAAU